GAACUUUCUCGUAGCUUCAAUGCGCAUGGAGAGCUUGCGGAAUCUCCGGGCCCAGUGACUUCCGACAGGGCCUAGAACAUGCUGGCAGCGCCUAAUGGUGCGAUCGAGCGACGAAUUUAACCUCUGCGAGUGACGACCCUCGGCAGUAGAACGAAUUCGGAUCCAGCUCUGUUUGAUCGCUCUGUGCUCGAUAAUACAUCGUGAGUCAUCGGUGAAGUCAUUCAGCUAGAACUGUCUAUCGUACUCAGUUGAUCACCCAGUGUUGUCCACUUGUCUCAACUGUACUGGUGUCGAAACAAUGGCGUCCAGCAAUUUCGCUCGGAAGCUGGUUUCUGCUGCCUCAUGUCUGCCUAUUAGGAGGUCACAGCUCCUUGGAUCAAACACUGCUAAUGGCAUGACGGUAGCUCGUAACCAGCCGAAGGCGCGGUAUGCGAGUUCUGCCGCACAACGAUACAUUCCAGAGGAGAAAGGGGCUCAGCUUGAGAGCCGGGAUGACGGAGCAAUUUCUCGGGACAAGGUUCAUCCGCUUCGAGUAUUUGAUUUGAUGGACUCCUUCUUCCCGACAAGAAAUUUGCGUUCGAUGAUCGAGACUAUGGAUCGCGUAUUCGAUGAUCCAUUCUUUGCUCCUUCCGCUUUUCGAGAAUCUCCAGUCCGCCGCUCGCUACGGACCCCGUGGGAUUUCAAGGAGACUGAAGAUUCGUUUCAGCUGAGAAUGGACAUGCCGGGACUCGACAAGCAGGAGGUGAAAGUAUACAUCGAGGACGAUUGUCUAAUCAUUAAAGGAGAACACAACGUGGAGAAGUCAGAAGAAGGGCAAUGGUCGUCCCGAAGCCAUGGAAGUUAUUCAUCGCGUAUCGUGCUGCCUGACAACGCCAAUCCGGAGAAAAUCAAAGCGGAGAUGAAGAACGGAGUCCUGAACGUGACAGUACCGAAAGUGAGGGAAGAGGAGCGCAAGAAGAACGUCAUCGACGUUGCUAUCGAGUAGGGUUCAGGUUCAAAAGCCGAAUAUGAUUUGAUAGUGUACGGUAUUUAGCGAUACUAGUUGACAGACGGUACAGCAUUAAAGUUUACAACGUGACAGAGAUUCGGAUUAUGGCGAGAAGCAUUUAACGAUGCUGCGUUUCGCUACUUAUGUAAAUUUGAAAACACAGCCAAC